AUGACAGACCUAAGGACAACCAGUUAUCAUCGGACAUUAGAUCCUGUAGAAAAUCUGAAAAUAAAAGUUCGACUGGCCAAGAUCGCCGAUAAGAAUGUUCCCUUGAUUGAGGAAACGCUUUAUAUAACCGAAGAAAAUAGAAAUAGAAGAUCGCUGUUGCCAAAGCCUGAAGUAGCCAUCGUAGAAUGGCAGCAAAAGAUUUUCAGCCCUAGCGAGGUGCUGCAGUUCAAGACAUUGUCUGGAAAUCCGUCACCAUUAGAAAGACGCUAUCAUGAACAAGUUCACAAGUUGGCUGCGAAAGCUAAAUCCCGAGAAGCGCGAGUCAUGAGUGCGGGACGAACACGAGGAGCACGCAAGCACAUCUUCACCUAUGUGCAAGAAGACGACUUUCUGCCCAAGGAUCUCCAUUCACCCACAGUCACAACAUCACCUUGGGAACAUCCAUCUCGACUCGUCGACGGCGUCCUGGGAUUUGAGCCUAUCGAGAACAAUGAAAACAAUCCAGAGAUACUCGUAUACCGACGAAAAACUCCCUCCCGCCAUGCACAGCCGGCAAAACAUCGACUGGUCGAGAGUGGCAUACACCCCAAAACGCAUCGCGAAACAAGUGACUUUGUUUCCAAAGAUCCGGUGCAUGUCCAGCGACCAUUGCUGGAUGCAGCAUUCACUGAAAUGCAUAUCAUGGCGUAUUUGCAUGUUGAGGACAGUGCACCAUCUUUGGAAAUUGGACGAACAGGGCCGCUUUACGAAGGCGUUGAGAAGCGACUGUGUACCAUUAAAGCAUAUGAUAAUGGCUUGAUAUCGUUCACACCAGCAUUACAAUCACGACGAGCCCCAAAAAGCGCGUAUCGAUUUACGCUUGGCGACGAUACCUAUGAGUUUACGAUAAAAAAUGCGUCAGAGGCAAUAACGGAAGCCGACGAAGAGCAUGAAUGGAAGAUUUUCCAAGAGUUUUACAAACAGUGGGUAUUAUUUCCGGCAGAUCUUGUAGGCACCGAAUUUACCGCGGUCCCAAAAUUGUUUGGUCAUCGAGUUAAUGUAAUGGGUGAAAUUGUCUCUGCCCGAGGAUUUCAUGGAAACGGUUUAUACGUCCGUUAUAUGAUCGAUAUACCAGAAGGUUGGAAAGAUGAGACACCUCUCCAAAUCUUGUCGUCCUACACCCAAGUUGCAAGAUCAACGUAUGACGAGGAGACGGUAUCAUAUGAAGCACGGUUUGGCUAUCCAAUAGACAUUCAACUCAUGGCAAAUCGAUAUGAUCGGAUUGCCCAAUGGCCUCGCAUAUAUUUUCAUAUUGCCAAUGUCGAUUGGUGGGGUCGGCAUACGACUCAGGGAUAUGGUUACGCCAUUCUUCCAAAAACGCCUGGAUGCCAUGACUUGGAAAUCCCAACCUGGCGGCCAUUUGGUUCGUAUUUGACGCGAAUGCGAAGCUUUUUCAUUGGUGGAUCUGCCGAUCUGGAAGAUCUUUCGUAUAUGGCCAUUCCAAAUGGAACGAGCGGCAACCGCCUGAACAAGUACGGAUUCCAAACCGAAUCAUCGGGUGUUUUGCGUGUGAGACUAAACAUUGUUCAUCAGGCCGAAGUAUGA